AUGAACGACCUAGCUCCAGAGCUGAGCAGAAGAAAACGAGCUCCUUGGGGAGCUUUCAAGAGCAUCGAGGAUGUAGUGAAGAGAACAAAGAACUCCCGACUUCGUGCCCACCUUUUCGACUCAACGGUACUUCCUGCCCUAACAUAUGCUUCAGAAGCCUGGUCAUCUCGUUUUCAGCCUUCACUUCCUCCCACUUUUGUGGCUCGAUUUCACGAUGAGGCUGCUGUCCGUCGUAUGCAGUACCGACGACUUGGUCAAACCGAAAUGAUCGUCUCGAAAAUCAGCUUUGGCUCAGCACCAAUCAGCGGUAUGUUCGGCAAUGUUGACAGCUCGAUAACUCAGAUCGUUGAGACAGCACUUCGGAACGGUAUCAACUUUAUUGACACUGCUUAUUGGUAUGGUCAUGCACGCAGCGAAUCCAUCCUCGGAAAUGUAUUAUCGAAAAUUCCACGCAAAGCUUACUACAUAAGCACGAAGCUGGACUAUGCGAGGACGUUUGACUUUCGAGCUGACAAAGUGCUGGAGUCACUGAUGAACAGUUUAAAACGAUUGAAACUCACCUAUGUAGAUAUUUGCUUUAUCCAAAUUCAUGACGCUGAUUUUUCACCACAACAGAGCAUAAUAUUAUACGAAACUCUGCAAGCACUCGAAAUGGCGCGAGAUUCGGGAAAAAUACGGUAUAUUGGACUUACCGGGUAUGAACUCAGGAAAUUAGUCUCUAUAAUUGAUUGUUCUACUGUAAAAAUUGAUGUUGUUUUAACGUAUUGUCAUGGAUCAAUGAACGACAACUCAUUGGGAAACUUCACUUAUAUGCUUCAGAAGAAAAAUAUUGGUGUACUAAAUGGUUCACCACUCUCUAUGGGUCUGCUUACCGAACGAGGGCCGCCGCCGUGGCAUCCGGCAGCCGAUUUCAUCAAGGAAGCUUGUCUUGCCGCUACGCAUUACUGUAUAUCAAAAAAGGUUUCGAUUUCAAAACUCGCCUUAACCUACGCCUUUGAAGUGCCUGGAACUGCUUCGUGUGUAGUCGGUAUGGAUAACAUCCAACAGGUGCGAGACAACAUCGCUUUGGCCACAGCCAUAUCACCCCUGACCGACGUGGAGCAGCGAGUUCGCGAUCGAAUUAUGCGAAGAUAUUUUGAUCGUCUCGAGAAUGCUGGAUGGGGUGGUGUCGAUGUCGUUAAGUAUUGGAAACGAUUGAAGAAGUUGGGUCUAACGGCGCUCGCCACACAUAGGUCUCUUCCUAUCACUUUCCUAGGUCUUUCGGGCCUUGUGUAUUUUUAUUUAUCUCUCUCUUCUACCUAUCGACCUGUCUGUUUUAUACAUACUCAUCUCUCUCCCUUUGCUUCCUCCCUCUCUCUUUCUUUCAUUUCCUUUGGUACUGCAUACUUGAAAUUGCAGAAUGAUGGGGAUUUCACCUUCAUUCUAAUGAUUUUGACUAGACGAUUUUCACAAAAAAGGGAAAACACUUCAGAAAUACCUAAAUUUCAGAACAGAUAA